AUGGGCACCCAUUUGGCAUGCCAGUUUGACUGGUGCCUACUUGACGUCAAAAUUCAACACGCUUGUCUGCGAAAAUCUCCAGAGCCCAACUGCAAUGAUGAGCAAAACAACAAACACAGCGAAAAUAGAGCCUACAACCAUUGGCCAAAUGAAGGCUGGUCUCUUGUGUACAGCCUCUCUGGUCGCCUGCUCUAUCGGGCUGAGAGUGGGCUUAUUCAUGUCGGCCGAAUUGGUGGCACUCUGGCUUUGAAACUCUUCGGCUUCCGCGAACGCUCUGCUCUUCAGGAGGUCAUUCUGCUCGGCGCCUCGGGCCGAACUGGUUUUCGUCGAGCUCUGCGACACAUGAACUCGCGAAAUUUGUCGUUCCCGGCUGUCCGACGAGCUCGACGCGGCGUCCAUGACCCAGCCAUCCUCGGUGCUGUGAGGACCCCGUGCCUGCGUCGCAUCCGAACUGGGCCUCCGGGCUAG